GGGUUUGGUAAGGUUAUAACUGCUGACUAUAAAUGAAGUCUGAGGGUUCUUCAUCUGCAUGCUUCUUGUAAAAUCAAGUCAUUUGUACCAACCCACCUCUUGAAAAACUCAGCUUUUGUCCAACAUUUCCGAGUAUGAAGCAAAAGAUUGUGAUUGAGGUGCUACCGUGUGACAAAUGCCGUUCCAAAGCCUUGGCCUUAGCUGCUGCAACAGAUGGUGUUACGUCAGUGACAUUAGAUGGGCAAAAGAAAGAUCAAGUGGUGGUGGUUGGAGAUGGAGUUGAUGCAGCUUGCUUGACCAAAUCCUUGAGGAAGAAGGUUGGCUGUGCUAGCUUAUUAACCGUGGAAAAAGUGAAGGAAACCCCCGAGAAGAAAAAGGAAGAAGAGAAGAAAGAUCCACCUCCAUGUGCAUGGACAGUACCACUUUGUUAUCAUCCUCAGCCUGAAUAUUAUAAAGUGGCUUAUGAUCCCAGUCCACCUAGUGUUUGCCCUCUCAUGUGAUCAGGGAAUGAACUUCCCCGGUACUCUCACACCGAUCUAUCAUAUUAAUGGAAGAGAUUCGUUUCCUUUAUUUACUAUUAA